GAUAGUCGUUUUCGAUCUACCGAAGUAGAAAGGUGUUGGAUUUUAUUCGUCUUCUGAUAUGGGCAACAAGGUGGUGACUUUUACUGACCAGCAGUUGGAGGAUUAUCAGGAUUGCACGUUUUUUACGAGAAAGGAAAUUCUUCGGGUCCAUCGGAGGUUCCGUGAGACUAGCCCGGAUCUGGUGCCGAUGGUGAUGACCGAAGGUUUGGCUACUUCCAUACGGGUGCCACGGGAAAGGAUUGAAAAACUUCCGGAACUGGUAGAGAACCCGUUUAAAGUGCGGAUGUGCGAAGCGUUCUCCCGUGAUCGAGAUGGAAAUCUGUCAUUUGAAGAUUUGUUGGAUUUACUUUCGGUAUUCAGUGAACAGGCUCCGAGGGAUAUCAAGGUGUUUUAUGCAUUUAAAAUUUAUGACUACGACAACGAUGGUUUCAUCGGACAGUCGGACCUGAUGAACGUGAUCACCGCACUGACCCGCAACGAAUUAACCGUAGAGGAACAUCAACAGAUUGUGGAUAAUGUCAUUGAGGAAGCGGAUGUUGACGGGGACGGAAAACUGUCCUAUCUGGAGUUUGAACACGUGAUUACUCGGGCACCGGAUUUUAUGUCUACGUUUCAUAUUCGAAUAUAGAAAGCUGAACGUUGAACGCUGAGCGCUAUCUGGUGGAAACAAAUACGAACUUAAUUCUAAAGCGCACACAGUCCAUCUGGUGUUAUGAAUAGUGAAGCUUCGGAAAGCGGAAAGCGUCCCAUUCGAACAGUGUAGACAGAAACCAACUUUCGGAAAGGCGUUAUGUUGCGACCGGUACUGAUUGAAAACUGUUAGAAACUGUAUAUCAGUAACGGUUUUGAUUAUUUUUAUUUAUGCAGAACCAAAAUGUUAAGUUUGAAUAUUUUCAUUUAAUGGAUCUUAUGCUUCAAUUCAGUGAAGUGAAUUCAAUCUAAAAUUGACGAAAUAAACUGAACGUCUGA